AUGCAGCGGCUCGAGGCAGCGGUCGCGCUGUACAACACGCUGGGCCGGCAUAGCAGCAGCCCCGCGGCGGUGCACGCGGUGCUCGGGGCUCUGGCCAGCGUCUCUCUGGAGCCCAAGGUGCGCUGCCAGCUCGUGUCCCCGGACAGGCCCGGCACGUGGAAGGCGCUGGACGGCAUAGCGCGGGUUGCGGAGGCCGCGGUGGACGGGGACGCGGACGUGCUCGCCCAGGCGUGCCUCGCCGUGGGCGCCCUGACCGCUGCGGAGGCCGUCGAGACACGCAAGAAGAUGCGCGAGGAGGUGGACUGGGAGCCGCUCGUCAGGAGGGUGCACGCUGUCUACCCCCAGUCGGCCGCGACAGUCUCCGAGCACUACUGCGACCUGCUCGUGAAGCGGGCGGCGAGGAGCGACCUCCGGCCGUGGCGGCUGCUCACGGAGACCGGCGAG